AUGAAUAAUUCAAGCAGAAGAAAAGUUUAAAACUCCUCCAUGAAAUUCAAGAAUCCCCGAGUGGUCCUCAAUGGUUUAAACAAAAUUAUACUUUGCGGGAAAAAUAGCCGCUUUUUCGCAGGAAGUUUGAAUUUAGUAUCUAUGCGAGUAUUGGGAAAACUACGCACCAAUGGGAGUUGCUGGAGGUCUUUAACUUUUAAUACUUUUGUUUAUGCUGCUUACAUCUUUAUCAGAUCCUGGGAUCAUACCGUCAAAUAUAGAAAGUAUUUGAAUAUAAUGACUAAAGCAGAGAGAGUUUACUACCUUAGUGCGAAUAAAGACAUGCUUUAUAGAAUGAAGUUCUGUGAGACUUGCAUGAUUUUCAGACCAUAACGCACAGCUCACUGCAAUGUGUGCGAUAAUUGUGUAAUGAGGUUCGAUCAUCACUGCAUUUGGCUUGGAACUUGUGUAGGAAGAAGAAAUUAUAGAUACUUUAUGCUUUUCAUCACUCUCCUUCAAAUCUAUGGAGUUUAUGUUAUGGUUUUUUGCGCUUUGUCUAUUGCCUAUAGAGGAGUUUAAGCUUAAGAUGCUGGUGAGGGUUUCGGGUCAAGAUGGUACGCAAUCAUUAUUUUCAUCUACGUUUUAUUGUUCAUGUGCUUUGUAUCUAUGCUUUGCUUGUAUCACUACAAGAUUAUUCUCAAUGAUUAAUCUACUAAUGAAAAUCUCAAGGGUACAGACGAUGAUCUGAAUUUUAAACCCUAUCGAAAUAAUAAGGGGAAAUGUGGACUUUUAUUUAGCGCAAUAUUGGGCAAGAAUUUCAAGUCAUUAGUACCAAACUCUUUGAUUGCUUUCAGUAGGAUCUAUAAGAAUUAGAAUUUAAACAGCAGCAGGCUGAAUGAAUCAGCUGGAUCAAAUAAGUCUGAGAGAGUAGCUAACAACUAAGUAUUCGAGUAAUAACACUAAUAAUUCCACAUGGCUAUACACAAUGAAUCAUCCAUUCAAGACACCAACAUCAACAAUGCUUUGACUCAUAAUGUACUUAACCCAGUUUAUAGCAACUCUAUAAACCAUAAUAGUUCAAAUAUACAUCAAAACAAAAUGAAUCAGAGUGAGAGUAGUGUCUCAUCUCACCACCUUUAGAAGGAGCAUUCAUCUAAUUUAAACUAUAAACCUCACGUCGGUUAUGAAGAUCGAAAAGCAAAAACAAAGAUGAUUGAAGAUAUCAAUCUUAACAAUCUUAGCUAGCAGGCUCCUUUAUCUCCAAUAAGUUAGAACAGUCUUGGAGAUGGGAGAAAGACCUCUCCAUAUAAUAGAAAGUAACCUACUUAAUCAAGAAUAAAUCUUAGUUCGCACCAUAAGAAUUAAGGAGCAGGCAGUAAAGUAAGGUAGAAUUUAGAUAGGAGUUCAGGUAUAGAUCCUGAAUUCAUUAAUAUCAAUUCUAUUCACAAUCAAUAAGUCAGUAGUUCAAGUUUUAUUGGCUCCCUUCAUAAUUGA